AAUCUAAAUGUAUCAGUGUUAGCAGAGAAUUACACCAGUAUUUGGCAGAAAUACAAACCCUAUAAAGUUCAUUUAAAUUCUCAGAAAGAAAUGUUCUCAAAACUAUUAACACAGUAUCUAGAAGUGCAUAUUAUAGUGGAAAAGGCUUUGUAUGACUAUAUGGGAUCUGAAAUGAUGGCUGUUACCCAGAAAAUUGUACAGGUUAUUGGGCUUGUCAACACUAUGUUUACCCAGUUCAAAUUGACUGUUAUACUAUCCUCCUUGGAAUUGUGGUCAGAUAAAAACCAAAUUUCCACCAUGGGAGAAGCUGAAGAUAUAUUACAAAGAUUUUUGGCAUGGAAACGAAACUACCUUAUCCUACGGCCCCAUGACAUAGCAUACUUGCUAAUUUACAGGAAACAUCCUAAAUAUGUGGGAGCAACAUUUCCUGGCAUGAUAUGCAAUAAUAACUAUGAUGCCGGUAUUGCUAUGGUAUGUAAUUUUUAUCCUUCUUUGCAUUAUUACUUUUUAAAUCUUAUAUUUUAUAAAAUUUAAAGAGGUAGUGUUUUAAAGCUUGAUAUAUAAAUAUAUAUGUAUAUAUUCCUUAUUUUGUUGGGACAAAAUUAUUAGAAUCUUAAAAAUGUUAUCCAAUUAUAAAUUUUAAGCAGAAUGGAUAUAAUAUGAACUAGUAUGAU